UAACCCUAUAUAAACCUAAAUAAAUAAAUAAAAAGUGAAAGAGUGUAGUUUAAUUAGCUUCGUUGAAACCCCAAGAUCUGAUUUGUUAUAAAAGGUUUGUGACAGUUGCGCAACAUUUUUGCAAAAGGUGCCUCAGUUGAACAAUCGUAUAUUUUUGGCAUACUCGGUACUAAAUGGAAGAUGGAUUAUCAAGCUUUUGGGGUCCUGUCACAUCCACUGACUGGUGUGAGAAAAACUAUGCUCACUCGUCUUACAUUGCUGAGUUUUUUAACACAAUAUCCAAUGUCCCAGGCAUUCUUUUGGCACUCAUUGGCCUUGUAAAUGCCUUGAGACAACGCUUUGAGAAGAGGUUUAGUGUCCUUCACAUAUCUAACAUGAUACUUGCCAUUGGGAGCAUGAUAUACCAUGCCACAUUACAGCACAUGCAACAGCAAGGUGAUGAAACACCAAUGGUGUGGGAAAUGCUUCUAUAUUUUUACAUCCUCUACUCACCCGAUUGGCACUAUCGGAGUACAAUGCCUACUUUCCUGUUUUUUUAUGGAGUUUUGUAUGCAGUGGCCCAUGCCAUCUUCCGCUUUGGAUUUGGCUUCAAGGUGCAUUAUGUCAUUCUCUGCCUUAUCUGCAUCCCUCGCAUGUACAAAUACUACAUCUACACUAAGGACGUCUCUGCAAAGCGACUCGCAAAGUUAUAUGUAGCAACUCUGUUCCUCGCUAGUCUUUGUUGGCUAUCUGACAGGGUGUUCUGCAAGGCGAUAUCUAAUUGGUACUUCAACCCUCAGGGUCAUGCUCUAUGGCACAUCCUCAUGGGCUUCAAUUCGUAUUUUGCCAACACGUUCCUGAUGUUUUGUCGCGCUCAGCAACGAGAAUGGAACCCGAAAGUCGUCCACUUUUUGGGUGUUUUUCCUUAUGUCAAGAUACAAAAACCAAAGAGCCAGUGAAAGCUUUGGUGCAUGCAGGUGAGGUAUUCUCUCUUCAACCUUGUUAACUCAGUCUGAUUUUGGAACUAGCUGUUGUUUUUGGCAGGACAGAGGCAUAGGAUUCACAAUUAUUUUCUACCUUGUGUCUUUAAAAAAAGGAAUAUAUAUAUAUAUAUAUAUGUAUAUGUAUUUGAUGUAAAUGAUGAUUUAAUGUUGAUAUUAUUGGUGGGAUAUUGUUUUUAUUUUGGUUUACUGUAACACUAGCUCUUUUAGCCUAACAAUGGAGAAUGAAAAGUUGUUGUUUGUCCCAUAGUUAGCUCUUCAAA